UGCCAUAUAAAUAUCGGACGUAUUCUAGCACACUCGUAUACCAAAGACAGCUAUUGAUUGCGGGCUGUAUAUUUUUUCACUAUUUUCGAUGUGGUUUUCUAAACAAAUUUCAUCAACCAAAGACAAACGUCAUUCAAUGCCCUUUUUUUCUGUGUUUGGACAAAGAGCCAAAUUUUCCUUGUUGUACUGAUUGUUUCUUCGCCGAUGGGUGCCGAGUGGAUUUUGUACUUCUGUGGCAAACAUCUUAAUUAAGCUAAGAAUUAAAUGUCCAUACGUUACAUAUAAGAACUGUAAACAGUGCCGCCAAGAGGAGCUGAAACUUAAGCAGAUAUAAACAUUAUCCAAGACCUGUCUGUAUUUAUACAGUUUUUGGUAUCGCUUAUCAAGUGCUUCAUAAAUUUGCUUGUUUGGUUGGUGUUUGACUUACUUAUAAAAUUAUCAUGGCAGUUGCGCACCAAAGACGAAGGACCGAGGACACAGAGAUGGAGAAGGACGCAUCCAGACCCUUCUUCAGAAGGCAAGAAGGUGAGGUCGGCAUCUACAUCGCUGUAUACGAUGCUACCGCUGUGAACCCAGAAGCCUACGGGUCAGAACAUUUCUACUUCAUGGAACUGACCGAGAGACUCCAUGAACAACUCAAUGGUGGAGACUUCGUCAAAAUGCGGGCGCAUCUAGAACGGAAAGGGGAAUUUAAAGGCGCCUAUAUUGAACGUUUUGAGAAAGGUAUCGUAAUGGCUGUUGGAUUUGACAACAUUGACGCAUUAGAAAGCGUUUGGAAACUCCAUAAAUCCGAGAAAAUGACUGGAUUGAUGCAAGACCUUCUAAUCACUCAGCCAUUGUUAAAGAAACUAGAAGCAAAACGCAUCGUCUUGACGACAAGAAUGUUUGAAGACGAGUACACAAACUGCAAGAAUGAACUGCUCAGUCGAUCGCUUCAAAGGAUUAGCAUUAAAACAAAAAAGCACGACAUGGAACUUCUCCAGAAACUCAAGAAUUUUCAAAACAAAUUCAACGACGACGUUCAAGAUCUCCAAGAAGCUGAGGCAAACUUUGGAAAGAAACUUGGUGAAUUCAUGAUGAUAGCAAAACAAAUUCUGCCCGUGAAUGUUAUCAAAAUUAAAACAGUGAAGGAAUUCGAGACCAUUGUCAAGGUGGCUAAAGGUACACCCAAGGCAGGAAAGAAGCUAGAAAUCAUAGACAAAUAUUUUGACAUAUUAAAGAAACUGAGGACCAAAUUUUUAGAAAUUGAAGAAGUCGUGUGUUUGCCUCUUCUACAAAUGCACAAAGUUUGUGAAACGGAGAGACAAAGAGAAGUCAAACCGAAAAUCCAAUCACUGUCCAAGGAAACUGCUCAGAAGUUGAGGGUAGACACCGAUUUACAGAAAGUGUCCCAUCCAGGAUGGGCUAAACGUCUUCUCCGAUCGGAACACGAUCUUUUCCUUGGACUUUUGUCAUUGGUUCCCAUUGGAACCGAGGCAGCAUUUGAUAUCAACUGUCUUCUUGAUGAAUAUAUAAACGACUUUCCUCUGUAGAAAUGUUAUUGUUCCGUAAAAAAUGAACAAU